AUACAGAACUGGGCUUCUCAGAGCAUAGUAUAGACUAUCAGGGUGAGGAAAAUCUCAGGGUUUUUCCUCACUUUGACAUUUCCUAAUCAUAAAGGACUUACUACUAGAAACUCAGAAGCUAAGUAGUUGGUGGCUUUGUUUUUCAGAUGGUGUCCUCAGAUCGAAGCCCGCUCUCCUUCCUGCCCACAGAAGCUCAAGCCCAAGUGUCACCCCCGCCCCCUUACCCCACGCCCCAGGACCUCCCCCAGCCUCUGCUGCAGCAGCCCCAGGAAGCCCCAUCUCUGCCCCAGUCAGACUUCCAGCUCCUCCCAGCCCAGGGCUCAUCUUUGACCAACUUCCUCCCAGAUGUGAGCUUUGACCAGCAGUCCAUGAGGCCAGGCCCAGCCUUUACUCGGCAGGUGCCCCUGGAGCAACAAGGUCCCCGAGAACCACAGGACUCCUUUCAUUUGAGACCAAACCUGUAUUCCAGCUGCGGGCAUUUCCCAAACACCAUCCUGACAGGAGACUCGAGCACCAGCCUGUUCAAAGACCUCGGCAGUGCUCUGGCAGGCAUGCCGGAGGUCGGCCUAAACGUGGACACUCCGUUUCCACGGGAAGAAGAGCUCCAGAUCGAACCCCCGAGCCUGGACGGACUUAACAUGCUGAGUGGUUCCGGCCUGGGCCUGCUCGACCCCUCUACUGAAGAGACGCUUCGAGCUGACCUACCGUGGAUGCACCUGCUGUACCUGUUCCUCCCAUAG